UUAUAUUAUGUAAAUAUUAUAAAAUAAAAAUUAUCAGCCCGCAGCAGCAGCCAGCCACUGGCCAGUAGGCCGUGCGCGGUACGACCAUGCCGGUAGUUGUUGUGCGGACUGAUGUUAAUAUAAUAUUGUAAUUUUUUCCCUACUAUUGUCGUUGUCGAAUAUCAUCUCAUAUUAUAAAAUACCGUAAAAAAAAAAUAAUAAACGUGCACAACGUGGUCGAUCCGAGUGGUGAUCUUCGUAGGAAAUCAAAAUAUAAUAUUAUACAAAACCGAAAUGAGUUAUCUGCCGGAAAACCGCAACAAACCGGGAAUGUCUCCCGGCAGAACACCUUAUGGCUACCCAACGCCGGCUAGUCGAAGUCCUUACAACAAUAAACUGACCGCCGAAAGAGAUGAGCCGGCGCCCACGCGCAACCGAAGGGAUGUCAAUCCCAAUGGCACACAAGAGCUGGAAAUGAGAGAUACCAACCCCGGGCCUAACCCUGUUCCAGCACAGAAUCCUGAAUCUCAGGUCACACAGCCGACAGAACCUACACCCGCCCCCGAUGACCAACUCCUGGACAGACCCAGAGCACCGCGAAAAGGUCAAGGUUUCGCAGGCGUUAUGGACGAAAGCUUUGUAGAAGAUACCGACGAAGACACACCCAAGGCGUUCAACUUGUACCGAAAUAAAAAACUUUUGUCGCAAGGCAUGAUGGACAUAGCUCUGUUUUCGGCCAACGCAAAUCAGUUGAGAUACGUGAUCGAAUCCGGCGGUGGCGUAUUGAACUAUAUCUGCAUCGGUCUUCUAUUAGCCAGUAUUAUCCUUCAGAUUUUGGUCGGUAUAGCACUUCUUUUGAGCGUCAGAUACAACGUAACGAACUGCGAACAGCGGAAAUUAGCAUUCAGAUUUGGCAAUUAUGUCAUUGUGGGCAUAUUUCUAAUAACAGCCCUUAACGUUUUCAUAACAGCAUUUGGAGGACCUUCGCCGGCGGCACCUGUUGUGCCAAUUAUGGGCAGAAUGGGCGAUUCGUCGGAUUCCGUUGGUGCGUCAACCGUUCAACCGGGUGAACUACUAAAUUAAACGUGUAAACCAGAUAGCUCGUCUUCAAAACCGUGUUUAAUACAUACUUAAUACAUUAUGAGUUUUUUUAAAAAAAAUUUUAAUAAUAAAGCGAACGGAUAAGAGAAAAACAAAAGCCAGCUCAAAAGUACAAAAUCCCUCGAAAAUACAUUUGUAACGGUAUUUAAGUAUGACAUAAUUUAAUCUAAAUUUAAAACGACUAAACCGAGAAGACUGCGCAUGGUACAAUUUAAAUUAUAAUAAUAUUAUUACUUAACAUUUAAUUGUUAGUUUU